AAACACUCCAAACAUCACACAUCACCAUACUAUAUAUAACAAAGCUCCUAUGCUAUUUAGCCAAGUUAGUUCCAACAUAAUUGUACUAUAAGUCUACAUACCGUAAUACAUUCUCCAUUUCAAACACUCCUAGUGCUACUGCUGGUGAUGAUGGGGAGAGCACCAUGCUGUGAUGAAAGUGGUUUGAAGAAGGGACCUUGGACACCAGAAGAGGACAGAAUAUUGGUGAAUCACAUUAAGAAACAUGGCCAUGGAAGUUGGAGAGCACUUCCAAAGCUAGCAGGAUUGAACAGAUGUGGGAAAAGUUGCAGACUAAGGUGGACUAACUAUUUAAGACCUGAUAUCAAAAGAGGACAAUUCACAGAUGAAGAAGAGAAAACAAUCAUCAAUUUGCAUGCUGUUCUUGGGAAUAAGUGGUCAGCUAUAGCAGGUCAUCUACCAGGAAGGACUGAUAAUGAAAUAAAGAAUUUUUGGAACACUCAUUUAAAGAAAAAGCUUCUUCAAAUGGGAUUAGAUCCGGUGACUCAUCGUCCAAGAAUUGAUCAUCUAAAUCUUAUGACAAAUCUUCAACAGCUUCUUGCUGCAAAUGUUCUCAAUUAUUUACCAAACACUUGGGACACUGCUACUACCAAUGCUCUUAGGCUUCAAUCUGAUGCAACCAAAUUCCAAUUGCUUCAAAACAUGGUUCAAAUUCAUGCCCUUAGUGCCAAUAUUCCUGCUCAUACCUCAAACUUGCAAUUACUCAAUCCAUUUGGACAAUCUUCAUCUUCAUCACAGCAAGAAAAUUUCUUCAAUGAACUUUUAGGAUUGAAUCAGUCCAACUUUGCUUCUCAAAAUCAGUGCAACUUUCAAAGCUUUCAAGUACCUCAGAUGCAACAAGUUUUAAGCAAUGGAUAUCAGUUUAUGGAUAAUGGUGGCAGCAGCAACAGUAGUAGUUGCUUGAAGUCUGAUCAAAAGGUUGAUGAAGUAUUUGAUGCUACAAAUUCUUCUUCGACGGUACCGAUAAAUUCGCUUCCAAAUUUGGUUUCUGUUUCACCAGAAUGUUCUAGUGUGAAAGAGAUGAUGGGAAACAAGGUGAACCAAAAUGAUUGUUCCAAUCCUUCUUCAACCUCAACUACCUUUGAAAUGUUGGGAGAUUUCAUGUAUGAGGAUGUUAGCGAUGCUUACUGGAAAGAUCUCUUAGACCAAGAUCCUACCUUGCAACCAUAAUACUCCAAAGUCUCGUAAAGAAAACGGCAUUCAAGAUUUAUCUCAGCUAGCGAUAAUGGGAAUUAUUGAUCUUUAUUAGUUCAUUAUGUAUUGGUUCAUAUGUAUCUGAAGAUGGAUUGAUUUUUUGGAUUCAUAUUAUAAAAAGCUUCCCAUUUGUAUAGACAUGUUAUAAUACAAGAUGGAGAUUUUAA